UGUAACGAACUGGAUCCUUUUAGAGGUGCGUGGGAUAUAGGCGGGCGGUCGGAGUGAAUCGUCAGUGCCUACCCGGUGGUCGAGGGGUGCACACGUCUCACCCUGUCGCUCGAGUCACAUUUUUUUCGCCGGCAAAAGUUUCGAACUUUCCGUCGGGUUUUUCGCUGUGUCCAAGAGAAGUUGUAUGGUUUUUAUGAUAUAUACUCUAAGGUUACAGUGUGUUGGAAUUUGUGAGGGACUUUUGGAAGAUUUAUUUGAUUUUGGAAAAAUGAAAAGAUACUACAUGAGCCCGCACUCCUGUCUAAUUGAUUGGUGAUGAAGAUGUUCGGGAGACGAGGGCCCUGUAAGAGUUUCGCAAUCAGCGUCAUUCAGAUCAUCACCAUUAUAUGCCAAGUUCUGACCGAGGAGCCUCGCUUCGCGGAGCCGAUACCAAACGUUACAGUCGCGCUGGGCAGAGAUGCCAACCUGCCCUGCGUUGUCGAGCACCUGGGGACAUACAAGGUGGCAUGGAUCCACAUUGACCGCCAGAUGAUCCUCACCAUCCACCGUCACGUGAUCACCCGCCUGGCCCGCUUCAGCGUGUCCCACGACAACGCCAUGACCUGGUUACUCCACGUCAGCCAAGUGCAGCAGGAGGACCGAGGGUACUACAUGUGUCAAGUUAAUACCAACCCCAUGAUCAGCCAAGUGGGUUAUCUGCAGGUCGUUGUGCCCCCAAACAUUCUUGAUGAAGAGAGCACGCAGUCAGCAGUAGCAGUGAGAGAGAACCAAAACAUAAGUCUGGUCUGCAAGGCGGAUGGGUUUCCAGCGCCCAAGAUCAUGUGGAGGCGAGAGGACGGACAGCCUAUCUCUGUCGACAGAAGAAAGAAAGUGACGGUGUAUGAGGGAGAUACCCUGAGUCUGCAACGAAUUAGUCGGACAGAGAUGGGGGCAUAUCUGUGCAUCGCUACUAAUGCAGUUCCUCCAUCGGUGUCCAAAAGGAUCAUCGUUGAUGUUGAGUUUUCGCCAAUGAUCUGGGUGCCUAACCAGCUGGUGGGCGCGCCAGCCGGCACCGAUGUCACCGUGGACUGCCACACUGAAGCUCAUCCGAGAGCCAUCUCCUACUGGGUGUACGACAACGUCAUGGUGCUGCCGACCAAGAAGUACGCUAUCAACACUGAGGAGAACUCUUAUAGAGCCCAUAUGAAGCUGACGGUACGGAACCUGCAGACUGGUGAUUUCGGGAACUAUCGCUGCAUCUCCAAGAACUCGCUGGGCGAGACUGAAGGCUCCAUCAGACUUUAUGAAAUUCCAAUGCCGUCAACGUCACCAAAAGCGACUGAAAUGAAAAGCAACGCCAACAAAGAGAGCCGGCGAGCGAACGUGAGCCGCGCAGUCCAACGCGCCGAGCCGACCGAGCGGCCGAGCGUGGUGCGCGCGCAGCUCGACCGAGCGCCGGAGCGCGACGCCGCGCAUCACGUGUACCGCGCCCCCCACCCGCACCACGUCUCAGACGGACUCCGAUUGCAGUGCUGGCGACCUACAUUCCUGGCUAUUGUACUUCUAGUUCACGUGGACCUUAUCUUCUAAACCUAUCAUCAUUAAUAUCGUUCUAUUUAUUUUAACAUGGAAAAAGUCUCGUUCAUCAUAGCCACCCAUUCUGUCAGCAGUGAAAUGUGAUUAAAAAAUCAAAGAACUAUUUAACUGUUAUUAUAUUCUUUGUGAAAUAUAUAUAGAACAUAAAUUAUACAUUUUGUAUGAGUAGUCGCAAAAAGGCGUGAGAAGUGUGGAGCUUUGUGGCGUCCUCUACUUGUGAUAGUGAUGGUUAAGCAACUUUUGAAAUGACCGAUCUCGGGAUUGGUGGCGUAACAUUUAUUAUCUCGUGUUCGACAGUGCUCGGGCAUGUAAAAGUUGCUUAAUGUUGUUAAAACCUACUAUUCCUUUCCAUCAAACCAGUGAGAUGAGACGUGCCCCAAAAAUGAAGAUAUAAAGAACCAUUGAAACUGAUUUGCUGAUACCACAUUUAUGAAAUAAACACCGAAGAAAAAACAUAAAAUUGAAUCAAAAAAAUACUGUUUAUUUAGUACCUAUUACUCCUCAUUUGCUAACAUAUAAUAUGACUUGUAUUAUCAAAUUAAAAAUAACAUUUCUAAUCCAUUAUGUUAAAAUCACAACUUUUAUGCGAAUUAAGGAGUUUAUCUGUAAUAGAUAUAAUAUUUUUUCUUAAGGGUUUUUGUUAAAACCCACGCUACUGUCCAUCACAUAAAUCAUUCGGAAUCACUCCAACCAUGUAGCAAAUAUAUAUUCAUAUGUUUUACUCUCGUAUUAAUAAAGUGAAACAUAUCAUUGUUAUCCUUGUGUCAUAUCGUGAAUGAAAGAUGUCGAGUGAGAAUUUUAUAUUUGUAUAAACGAAUUAAUUUUAACAUUCCAAAAUCCAAAUGUAAUACGAAUAGUUGUAAGAGAAAUUUAAAAUAAUAAAAUAUAUGCUGAAAGAUUUUAUGAGCGAGAAUAUGUGUCUUGUCAAAAAGUAUUAUAUAAAUAAUGAUUUUAGUUGUAACAAAAUAAAAUGUUACAACACAGAGUAGAUUUUUUCCCAGAAUAUAAAAUCCGAAAAUUGUUUCCAAUAAACAUACAAUAUGAACGUAAAGUAGCUACAAUGUUUGUUUCUACACUGAUCUUUCUAAAAGUAUUCAAAUAUAAUCGUGUCGCAGCUUUGCAUAUAAGACUAACGACAUAAAUUACGUAGUGAAUGAUACUUAAUGUUGAAAACGUUACCAUUUUAGUCUGAAGAUAUAUGUUUUUGUUUGAAUAUUGCGUUAAAAAGGCUUGAAUAUUCAAAAGCAAUACACAUAAAACUUAAUCAAAUAAAGUCCACUGAUUUAAACAACAUCGGAACCUGUGACGUAGUUUGCCUAUAUAUAUAAUUACAUAACAUUCUAAAUUGAAACGUAUCGGGAAGCACGAGAGUUGUUAUUUCGUUAAAAAUAAAAUAAAGCAGUCGAAAAUGCUAAACUGAAAUAGAUACAAGCACGCAUCACGUGACGACUCGCUGGACAUUGAAUGCUUCUAACAAAUGCCUAUAAAUUUUAUCAAACUUUGCUAGGAAUUAAUUAAUUUUGAAUAUUCGAGUUGACUACGUAAUAACUACCUACUCGUAUAUAUAAAAAUAUGAUCGAAUUAAUCGUAAUCUAAACCGAAUGAAUAUCACAAUAUAAAAUGUGCCAAAAACUCUAUUUUUACUUUCUACAAUUUUAGUUAUUAAUAUGUUAACAUGUGCUCAAUUUCGUAAUUUUGUUACCUGAUUUUUCGAACAGCAAAAUUGUUAUAGAAUUAUUAUUUACAUAGGUAUACAAAAUUUACUACAAACCCUUAGGAUUAUAAAGCUUGCCCUUCACGCUUCAUGGUAUUGUAAAUACAGCACAGUAAACAGUUUUAAACAAUUAUAUACCUUCGUAAUAAAUAUAAUUUGUUAAUUAAUCGACCUAAAUAGUUAUAUAUGAAUGUAUAAAUUGUAUCUUUUAUUAAAAAUAAGAGAUAUCUCUAGGGUUUUACUAACUGUACAGAACGUGUGGUUUUGAAAAUGUAAAUAAUGAUAUUAAA